AUGAUUCGAUUCAUUGUCACCCUGUGUAUUCUCUUGAUUUCUGUCGAUGCCACAGAUUUCACAGUUCAAGAACAAAUGAUUUGCAACAUACAGGGUGAAUGGAAAUACUGGGUUCGAUAUUUGGAAUACGAUUACGGAACGUGAGUUAUACAAAAAAAAUGCCACGUCAUAACUAUUCGCAGACCAAAUGACAAACUGUUGGAAACGGCAUGGGAGUAUGGAAAUGGCAAUUCACACGGUCCCCGUCGUGUUCGUCAAUUCAGUAUAAGUGGUGGUGAUGGGUGGUUUGAUGGUGAAUAUGAGAUUGAAAUGGAAGUCUUUCACACUUGCACGAAUACUGGAACAGAAACGAGUUUCUAUGUGAAAUUGGGGGAUGUUCAAGUGGAUACAAGGUUUGGGGAAACCCUUUAUUUAAAAAAAACAAAAAAAAUUUUUUUUUUAAUUUAGACAUAAAAACUUCAAUGUGGCUGGAAUUGUGUUGGAUUCCCAAUGCAAUUUUGCGUUUUGUUGGCUUGUCAAAUUACUGGAUUGGAUUAAUUAUAUUUUGUAAUUAAUUGAUAAUAAAUUUGUGAAUUUUUCAACCAGAGUCUUAUCUUUUUCACCAAAAAAAAAAAAAAAAAAAUUUUGAAACGUAUUUUUUCUUGCAAUUUUUCCGCUUGUUCCUUUAAAUCUCUCUACAGUAGUCAAAAGAUUUUCGAAAACAUUAGGAGCCUAAAUUUUUAAUAGUGAAUUUAGAUGACGUGGCAAUUUAGAUCUCGAUUUUAGUUUUUGAUGGGGUGAUUCAGGUCGAAAAAUAAAAAAAAAAUAAAAAAAAUUUUUUCCCAGGUUGCAUAAGAAGUUUUUCUGAAAAUUUUUGCAGCUACUAAAUCACCCAAAAACUCAGGAUAAAUUUCACUCAAGUUUUGUCUGAAAAUCUGAAAUUUCCGGCUUUUGGCUUUUUCGAAAAUUUCGAAAUUCCAUGUGGAAUUUCAGAAUAUUUUCUUAGUUUCUUAUUUUUUUAAUUAAAAAGGUAGGAAUUCAUAAUUUUAACGCAAGCUUUGUCUGAAAUCAUCUGAACUUCCAAUUCAACUUCAAACUUAUCAAAAUUCAAAAUUUUUUUAUUUUACGAAAAAUCAGCAAAACCUUCUGAAGGUCAAUUUUCAUCAGAAAUUACUCCAGAAGCUUGAAAAAUAUCGAUUUGUCAUCAUUUUUGGCUGAAAAACUCGAAAAACUCAAUGUUUUUUCGACAUUUUUUGACUUUUCGUGAAUUGAUCUUUCAAUGUUAAAAAAAACAUUUUUUUAAACUUUUUUUUCGUUCCUGAAAAUUAAAAUUUUGAGAAUUUUUAAUCAAAUUUCAGACGUGAACUUUGAUUUUGUCAAAAAAUGCUAAUGGGUUAUUCAAGUCGAAAAAAAAUUUAAAAAAAAAUUUUUUUUUUGAAAAAAAAUGUUGUUGAAAAUCAAAUUCAAAUUUUUGAGGAACUUCAGAGUUUUCUGGAUCUUUUACAAAAAAAAAUUAGAUCUUUUUGAAAUUUUUUUAUUUUUUUUAGAAAAAUUUUUUUAUUUAAAAUCAAAUUCAAAUUUUUGAGCAACUUUUACUUUGGAAUUUUUUUUUUGCACAAAAUUUUCAGAAAAACCAAAACUUUUAUUUAAAAUUCAGCAACAUUUUCAAAAAAAAAAAUUAGUAUUCCUCGCCAAGCUUUUUUUUUGUUUCCGAACUUUUUUUUCGCAUUUCACUUUUUGGUCCCAUGAAGUUUUUCAAUUUUUUUCUACUAAUUUUGAACUCCCGCGCCUUGAUUUUCCCGCAAAACGCUUCGGAAAUUCUCGCCACAUAUUUACCCGCGCAAAAAUUGCUUUUCAAAAAACUAUUCCACAAUUAUGACAGGGAACUUUGUCCGGUUUUAGGUGGUGAACGUGAGUUUUCGAAAUUUUUUUUUUUUCGCGCCAAAAAAAAAAAAAUUUUUCCAGGCGAAAGAACAUUUUACGUUUGGACCUACGACAUCCGAAUUAUUCAGCUCAAAGUUUUCGAUUUGGAUGAGCCCAGAGAGCAACUUUCGGUAUCUCUACAAGCUUUGCAGGUAGGGCACAGAAAAGUGGGCGGGGCUUAGCGCGCAAAAAAUGCAAUCCUGGCACACACACAGAGUUGGUACGAUCUUCGACUUCAGUGGAACGCGUCGGAAUUUCGAGACAUUCGGAAAUUGUAUGUUCGGCAGGAUAUGGUGUGGAGUCCACCGUUUGGCGUGUUUUCGGCGUGAGUUUUGAUCUACUAUCUACAGUAAUCCUGGAUUACUGUACCUCAUUUUGUAGAGGAUUUCAACAGCUUCAAAAUGAACCUAAAUUUGAUUUUUGGAAAAUUUCAGAUUUUGGUUGAAAAUCCGAACUUGGCUCAAAAAUGAUUUUGUAGCAGCUACAGUACUUCUUGCAGUUCUAAUUCAAAAACUGCAAGGGAUACUGUAGCUAUUCGCCAAAACUGCACGGAUUACUGUAGUUUCUGAGUUUCUCAAAAAUGUCGAACUGCAAGGACUACUGUAGCUUUGAAUUAACCAGAGCUGCAAAAAUUUAUGAAAUUUCAAGCUUCUUUGGAUCUACAGUAUCCCUGGAUUACUGUAGCUCAAUUUUAAAAAGAGAAUUUCAAGAGCUACAAAUUGAACUAGAAUUUGAUUUUAAAAAAUUAAUUUAAAUCUACAGUAACCCUGGAUUACUGUACCUCAUUUUGUAGAGAACUUCGAGAUCUAGAAUUUAAUAUAAAAAAAAUAAUUAAAAUCUACAGUAACCCUGGAUUACUGUAGCUCAAUUUGUAGAGAAUUUCAAGAGCUACAAAUUGAACUAGAAUUUGAUUUAAAAAAUAAUUAAAAUCUACAGUAACCCUGGAUUACUGUAUCUCAUUUUGUAGAGAAUUUCAAGAUUUUCAAAAUGAACUAGAAUUCGAUUUUUAAAUAAUAAUCAAAAUCUACAGUAACCCUGGAUUACUGUAGCUCAUUUUGUAGAGAACUUCGAGAGCUUUAAGAUAAAUUUACCCCAGAAAUCCUAAUUUUCAUUACAGAAGUGACGUAAAAGAUCAUCGAGAUCAAGAUUUCCGAAUGGUCGAAAUUCAUUCGGAUUCAAUGAUAACUUCGAAUAUUCCAAUGAGAUUGACGAUAAAUUGCAAUUUGCACAUGGAAAAUUUUCCGUUUGACGAGCAGAUUUGCGAAAUUCGCAGCGGUGUUGCCACAAUCUACUAUCGACUUUAUCGAAUUCGAAUUUUGGUGCCCAAAGAGACACGCGAGAAUUAUUGUGAUAUGGUGAGAGGGGUGGCCACGUGGCAAUUUUGAGCUCCAGAAAUUCGGAAACUUUUUUUUUUGAAAUUUUUUUGCCACGUGGAUUUUCUGGAGCACAAUUUGGUUUUUUUUUUGAAAAAAAAAAGUUCUCAGAAUUUCUGGAGCUCAAGAAUCAAAAUAAUUUUGAAAUCCACAGUAACCCUGGAUUACUGUAGCUCAUUUUGUAGAGAAUUUUAAGAGAUUCAAAAUGAGCUAGAAUUUGAUUAAAAUCUACAGUAAUCCUGGAACUAUUUUUCAAUAAAAAACAUUUUUUUCAAAAAAUUUUGAAAUUUUUUAAUUUUUAUUUUUUUUUGAAAAAUUUGUAGAUCAAGAAUUUUUUCACUUUUUGAGGUAAAUGCCACGUUUGAAUUUUAAAAAAAUCAGAAAAUUUUUGAAAGCUCAAAAUUUAUUUUCUCAAGAAUUUUGAGUGUAAUUUAUUAUUCCACGUGGCAUUCCAAUGUUUUAAACUGAAAAAUUGUGCCAAGGCCCUAAAAGCCUAAGCCUAAGUUCCAAAUCUUUAAGGAGGUGUUUAGAAAAUUUCUGAGCAAUUGAAAAUUUAUAUUGAGCCACGUGGCGCCACAAAAGUAGCCUGAGAAAGCUAAGCCUAAAUUAGCCUUGGAAGCCUUAAAAGCCCUUAAAAGCCCUUAAAAGCCCUUAGAAGCUCUUAAAAGCCCUUAGAAGCCCUUAGACGCUCUUGAAUGCCCUAAAAGCCCUUAAAAGCCCUUAGAAGCCCUAAAAGCCUCCCCAAAAUCCACGUUUUGCAGGGCAACUCAGCAUGGGACGUCAUCCAACUUCGAACCGGAUAUUUAUGGAUUCAAAAAGAAUCGGCCGAAUAUUCCUCGACUCAACAGGCUGUAAUUCGAAUAACUCUAAAAAGGAAUCCACUUUUCUACAUGUAUAUGAUUAUUCUACCGACUUUUAUUAUCAAUUUGAUUGCGAUUUCUGGAGUAUUUUUGCAGAAAUCUAGUGCCAUGGAUAGGGUGAGAACGGGCUUUUGGAUUUUUUGAGCUCCAGAAAUUCUGAAAACUUUUUUUUUUUGAAAACUUUUUGCCACGUGGAUUUUUUGGAGCACAAUUGCUUUAUGAAAAAUCAGCCGGAUUUUUUGAAACAUUUUUUUGUAAAUCACAAAUUUUUGACAAAAUUUUCAAUGAUUUCAGAAUUUCUGAAAAUAUCCUAUCUUGAUUCAGCCACGUGGAAAAAAAAUUUUGAGCUCUGAAUUUCAGAAUUUGAGCCUGAAUUUGCAAAAUAAAAAUCCACGUGGCAAAAAAAAAAAAAAAAAAAAAUUUAGAGAAAAAAAAGUUUGAUUUUUAAAAAAUAAUCAAAAUCUACAGUAACCCUGGAUUACUGUAGCUCAUUUUGUAGAGAGUUUCAAGAAAAAAAAUUACUGUAAUUUUUUAAAGCCAAAAAAAACUGUUUUUCAGAAAAUCCACGUGGCAAAAUUUGGAGAAAAAAAGUUUGAUUUUUAAAAAAUAAUCAAAAUCUACAGUAACCCUGGAUUACUGUAUCUCAUUUUGUAGAGAAUUUCAAGAAGAAAAAAAUUACUGUAAUUUUUUAAAGCCAAAAAAAACUGUUUUUCAGAAAAUUCACGUUUACUGAAUUUCUGGAACUCAAGAAACUGAAUUUUUGGGGACCUAAGAAAUUCUCAAAACUUUUUUUUUUGAAAACUUAGGAGCUCAAAAAUCCACGUGGCAAAAAAAUUUCAAAAAAAAAAUGAAAAAGAAAUUGUGCUCCAGAAAAUCCACGUGGCAAAAAGUUUUCAGAAUUUCUGGAGCUCAAGAAUUCACGUGGAAUUUUUUUCAAAAAAAAUUGUUAUUCUGAAAAUCCACGUUGCAAAAAAAUUUCAAAAAAAAGUUUCAGAAUUUCUGAAGCUCAGGAAUCCACGUUGCAAAAAGUUUAAAAAAUAAUUUUUGCAGCUCACAAUUUGCCUAACUCACAUAAUGACAAUGACCUUCAUCCUGGGCCUAAUCGCCGAAAAAAUCCCCAAAACCAUGGAAAUUCCACUUCUCGGAAAAUAUAUCAUUUUCGGGCUGUGCUCAAUGAUUUUCGCAAUUUCAACAUCAAUCGCCUUCGGAAAAUCGCGAUUUUCUCUGAUUUUCUGCCAGAUUUUGAAUUUCUCCUCGUUUUUCUAUAUGAUUUGGCGGUAUUUGGAGUUUGUAUUUUUGAGAGAAUCCGGAGUUCGUGGAAAUUGCGUGGAUUUUUCGAAUAAUGUUAGAUUUACUGAUGAUUUGGUGCAGAAUUGA